GGUGUUCAAUCAGAAGCAGGAGCAGAGAGCAGACCACUGGGAGCUCUGAUUAGCCCAUCCAGUGCUGCUGGCCCUGUGAUCGAGCCACCCUGUGGGGAAGCACAGAUGCCACUGCCUAUACUGACCACCUGCACUGCCAGCCUGAGUGGCCAGGCUGAGGCCAAGGUGGAGUCCAAGCAGCUGCCUGCUGAGCCCAAACCCUCCACCACAGGACACAAGAAGCAGCUUGCCACCAAGGUUGUGGGAACCGUGGUGUGGUUCAAUGUCAAGUCCAGAUAUGGCUUCAUCAGGCGUCAUGACAUACAAGAAGACGUCUUUGUUCAUCACACGGCUAUCAAGAGCUACAAUGGCAGGUCUUACCUGCCCAGCCUAGCGGAGGGUGAGACAGUGGAGUUUGAUGUGGAGGAGGGCAGGCAGGGUGUGCAGGCUGCCAAUGUUACAGGCCCUGGUGGAGCUGCAGUGAGGGGCAGCAGAUACAUGUCCGAGUGGCGUGGUUCCCAUUUCUUCCCAGGACGCAGGGCUCCUCGGUACCAUCCCCUGAAGAGACACCUCAGUAUCCACACUGAGGGCUCAGGCAGCCUGUGCGACAUCCAGGCCCAACCCCGCUGGCCCCAAGAAUGCCCAAGGGUCGUGCGCUGCUACCAGCUAAGACAGGAUUCCCACACUCUGGUGUUGCGUGAAAGGGUAGAAGAUGCCCAGAGCCCAGCUGCAGGACAGCACCGAGUGCAGAGCCCAGACCAGGGAGAAGACACCCAAGGCCAGCAGCCUCCUCUCAGGGGCUCCUCAUGCAGUUGGAAUUUGAGGCCUCUACGCCAAGAUGUCACAGAGGCCAGGGCUGCCCAGCGUGCUGCUGGCAAUGCACCCUCUUCUGAUCCAGUGUAGUGAAGCC